AACCCCUAACUCGGCCUCGAUCGCGACUCCCCGCAAGCUAUGUCGGAAAUUAAAAUCCAUCCUCGACCUACUCCCUCAAGGUGUCAAGCGUGCGAGAAUUCAGGUUUCGGCAGGGCUACUCCAUUGCUUUCUGUGUCCUUCCAUGAUUCGCAAAGCAUUGAACAACCUUGUUAAAAGUGCUGUGUCAUCUUUCAAAAUGGCUGACAUUGUUCCAACGGCUGCAGCGAUGUCUUCCGAUGGAGAUAGCAUGACCGUGUCACCAGCCACAGCAGAUGAUAGGAAGAGGGCAGCAGACAACUCGCCUGAUAAAGACUGCAAGAUGCAGAAACUGGAGGUACCAGAUAGUGUCAGCAGUAUAGACGUCACCAAUGGCAGUGAUGGACCAAAACGAAGCAAGUUAUUAAAACGUAAAGUGGCCAUCCUUCUCUCAUACGCUGGGGCUAACUAUGUCGGCAUGCAGAGGAACCCAGGGGUGCAGACCAUAGAGGAGGAUCUAGUGAACGCGUUGGUCAAGUCCGGAGCCAUCCCCGAGGACUGUGGAAGAAACAUGAACAAGAUGAGCUUUCAGAGGUGUGCUAGAACAGACAAAGGUGUGUCGGCUGCAGGUCAGGUGGUCUCUCUCAAAGUGCUCAUGCUUGAUAACCUGAUGGAGAGGAUUAAUGAGCAUCUACCACCGGUCAUCCGUGUCAUGGGUGUGACGAGGACAACGGGUGGUUUCAAUUGCAAGAAUAACUGUGAGUUUAGGACCUACAUGUACCUGAUACCAACUUUUGCUUUCACUCCCUUGGAGGACUUCACAUUGGAGAAAUACAGAGUUUCUGAUGAAAAGAUUGAAGAGGUGGGUGAACAACUCAAGAAGUACAUCGGCACUCACAACUUCCACAACUUUACAUCAGGAAAAGCCUUCACUGAUCCCAGUGCCAAUAGGUACAUCAAGGAAUUCACAUGUGAAAAGGGCUUUGUGGACGACGGGUUAGAGUUUGCCGUCAUAAAGGUCAAAGGUCAGAGCUUCAUGCUCCAUCAAAUCCGCAAGAUGCUUGGUCUUGUUCUUGCCGUCGUACGGGGUCUGACACCACCUAGUACUGUUGAGAGAGCAUUUCAGGAGCCAAAACUGGACAUUCCCCGGGCACCCGGCCUAGGCCUGGUCUUAGAAGCAGUACACUAUGACUGCUAUAACAAGCGAUGGGGCAAUGAUGGUCUACAUGAACCACUCACAUUCGAGGCAUCUAAGGAGAAAAUUGAGGCAUUUAAGCACAAACAUAUCUACCCAAACAUCAUCGUCAGAGAAAAGUACAACAAGUCUAUGCUGCAGUGGUUGAGCACAUUACCCCUCCACAGCUAUGAUGUAGUAGGGACCAGGAAUCCAUUGAGGAUAGCUGCUACAGAGAUGAAGAAAGCUCAGGAAGAACAGAGCGAGUCAUCAUCAUCUGACAUCGAAGCAUCAAAAACUGCUAUGGAGUCAGCCAUCCAGGCAGCACUGAAACAGCGAACAGAGCCUGCAUCAGAACCUGAACCUCUCCAAGAAACCAAACAAACGAAUAGCGAGCCGAGCAACGAGGAAACUGCAAGCCACACUGUACAGGAAGCUCUAUCACCGUCGGACAAGCCUGAGCAGCAAGACAGGACAGAAACUGAUUCAACAGACUCUCACAAUGUCACUUCAAAGGAACAAGUGAAUUGAAAUGCUCACAAUCCAUUUUGCAAGAAAUGUUGAUAUUAUUCCAGCAGAUUGAACACACUGACUUUAAUCAUUUGUAAGGACCUGGAUGAGCAUAUUCUUACUGCUGAAGGGAUGACAAUGCAGAGGGAGACAGAGACAAUCAGAUUUUCCAAACUAAUUGGUUUGGAUUUGUUUUAAUUUCGCUCAUAUUGUGCAUGAUUGACACAAUGGAAAUAUUUUUACUAAAAGGCAUUGAUAUUUACAGAUUUUAAUUGUUUUAAUUUUAAUUUAUACAUGCAUUAGCACAAUCAUGCCCAAAGAUUUUAAAGUUGCUCAUGCGUAGGUACAUAGAGGGCAGCA